UGGGUUCGGGUGUGGCGUCAGCUCAGCGCUGCAAUAGCUACACCAAAACGAGAAGGAAAGAGCGCGUAUGGAACGAAGAGCGUCACAUUUUUAUCUGUAAAGCUGUGCUCUGACUAUCAGUUCAGAGACCGUGUAGAAGAAAGCUUUCGCUUUUUAUUAAAAAAAAAAAAAACAGUUGCUGUGCGAUUUCCGUGCUCUCUGAUAUCUUGCCAGUUGGAUAAUUUCACCCAAUCACUUAGCACUGUCAUACAGUUCAAGUACUUACCUUAAGUCGCGCAAUCCAUUUCCUCUACCUUGUAGCCUACACGGGAGCCAAGCCGAAGAACAUCGACCAACUUUUCUGGAUUUGAAUGUGACUUUUUAAAAAGAAGAACUUCUCCCUUGAAGUUUGUCAAAGUGAGGACCAACAGUGGUGUUUUUCGCAUUUGAUCUUGAAUGUUUAAUUUUUGACACUUAUUUUAUUGUUAGCGUUUUCUUAAGGGUUUUCCGUGGAUUUUUAACAUAGUACAAUUAGUGGAUUAUUAGUUAGCUUGCUGCCUACAAAGUGAGAAACUUGUAAACUCAAGACCGCAGAGAAGAAGACAACAUUUUAAACUGGAUUUUUUUUCCAGCACAACGAUUUAAUGUGCGGUUCAGUGGAUGAAGCUGCCAUUUAACUUGAUUUUUCAAAUACGCUUUUUUCAAAAGGGAAGUUGCCGAACGCAAGCUCAGAAGACGGGUUAAGAAACGCAGCUGGCUCUGGCUAGAUAUUUUCACCAGUGAAAGCCCGUUAUUUUCCAAACAGAGCUCUGUAAAAUACCAGCCCUGAAGCGUGCACUUGGAACCAUGGGGUGUACUGUAAGUCAGGAAGAUAAAGCGGCCGCCGAAAGAUCCAAGAUGAUCGACAAAAAUCUUCGAGAGGAUGGAGAGAAAGCGGCGAGGGAGGUGAAGCUGCUGUUAUUAGGUGCAGGCGAGUCGGGGAAGAGCACCAUUGUGAAGCAGAUGAAAAUCAUCCAUGAGGAUGGAUACUCAGAGGAUGAGUGCAAGCAGUACAGGGCUGUGGUGUACAGCAACACCAUCCAGUCCAUCAUGGCCAUCAUCAAGGCCAUGGCCAACCUCAAGAUUGACUACGAGGAGCCUUCCAGAGCGGAUGACGCCCGCCAGCUCUUCGCCCUUUCUGCCGCAGCGGAGGAGCAGGGCGUGUUGCCGGACGACCUGGCCAAAGUCAUCCACCGGCUGUGGGCCGACAGCGGGGUGCAGGGCUGCUUCACCCGCGCCCGCGAGUACCAGCUCAACGACUCCGCCGCAUAUUACCUGAAUGACCUGGAGAGGAUAGCCAGACCAGACUACAUCCCCACACAACAAGAUGUGCUGCGGACCCGGGUCAAGACCACUGGCAUCGUGGAGACACACUUCACGUUCAAGGACCUGCACUUCAAGAUGUUCGAUGUUGGCGGCCAGCGCUCGGAGAGGAAGAAGUGGAUCCACUGCUUUGAGGGUGUGACCGCCAUCAUCUUCUGCGUGGCCCUGAGUGCCUAUGACCUGGUGCUGGCUGAGGAUGAGGAGAUGAACCGCAUGCAUGAGAGCAUGAAGCUCUUUGACAGCAUCUGCAACAACAAGUGGUUCACUGAAACCUCCAUCAUCCUCUUCCUCAACAAGAAGGACCUGUUUGAGGAGAAGAUCACCCGCAGCCCUCUGUCCAUCUGCUUCCCUGAGUACUCAGGGGCCAAUAAAUAUGACGAGGCAGCGAGUUACAUUCAGACCAAGUUUGAGGACCUGAAUAAGAAGAAGGACACAAAGGAGAUCUACACCCACUUCACCUGUGCCACCGACACCAAGAACGUGCAGUUCGUCUUCGACGCUGUCACCGACGUCAUCAUCAAGAACAACCUGAAGGACUGCGGCCUCUUCUAGGCAGGGGUCAGAGUGCGAGCACAAGGAUUACUUGAACAGCUCUGACUACAGGAAGAAUAGAGUGGAUAUGUGGUGACAGACUGCACUGGCCAACAAUGAUUACUGCUUUUACCUGCAUUUAUAACAAGGAAACAAAGAGACUGAGAACUUGGAAAAGCCUUGCAGAAUUUCAACAAUCGAUUGCUGAUUCCCCCGACGACCAUGUCUCCUUACUCUCUUUAUUAGUGUGUUUUUUGUGUUUGAUAUUUAAUUUGUAAGGAAGUUUCCUGUUUUCACCUUAUUGUUAACUCCUUGGGCGAUGACCACAAAUCAACAAUUUAUUUUAUUCAUUUUUGUUUUUGUUGUUUUAUUUUUUUCUUCAUCUUAUUUUAAAUUAC